AUAUUUGGAAAAGUUUUACUUUGUUUACAAGUUGUAGGAAUAUUACAUUUAUAAAUGAAAAGUAUACCUAAUAUAUGAAUUCAAUAAUAUUUAUUUAUUACUGCCAUACGUAUAUGAUCGUGAUUAGUAUAUUUACUCAACCAUUGCUAUUUAAAAAACUCGUGUAGGUUAGGGCUUGUGAAAAUAAAUAAACGUAAUUAUUACAUAAAUUAGUAUUGUUGAAUCAAUAUAUUAAAAACAUAAUUAUAAUCGUGUUUAAAUAAUCGUAAGCACCGCUUUGUAUACUUUUAAACACUAAAUUGGGUGCAGAAAGGAUAUCGCAAUUAAAAACCCGCCAUGGUCUACGACACGAUCGUCGUAGGCCUCGGGUCAGCUGGUACGACGGCCGCGUCGACCCUCGCCCAGGCCGGGAAGAAGGUCCUGGCGCUGGAGGCGAUGGACAGGGUCGGCGGACGAGUCAACACCGUGCCCUUCGGAGAUGGACUCGUCGAGCUCGGGGCUGAGUGGAUCCAUGGCACCGCAAAUAGCCGUGUGUACGAGACAGCGAUAGCCAACAAUAUAGAUGUCGUCAACCAGACCUUGAACUUCCAAAUCUUGAUGUCGGAUGGCUCCCCAGCAGACACCAAGUUGUUAAGUGAGCUGAUGGACUUCGCUACUGAAGUGAUAGACGACCCGCCACCAGUGCCGGAACCUUUGGGCCAGUAUAUCACUAGGAGAGUGAAAGAACGUAUAAACGAGAAGUACCCUCAAAUAGCGAACGAUACUGAUUUCAUCGAAUCGUUUCUAUUUUUUAUGGAUUUGGUCAUAGACAAUUUGGAGGCUUCUAAUAGUUGGAAUGAUCUCUCAACGUUCUCCGAUUACGAGGAGCUCAAGGGGCACCAGUACGCCAGCUGGCACAGAUACGGGUACAAGACGUUUUUUGAGCUGAUGUUGAACACAUACAAUAACGGCCCCGGCUACCCCAACCUGGACAUCGCGCUGAACAAGGAGGUGUCUCGCAUCACGUGGCCGCGACAGCCGGCGGAGGACGCGGUCGUGUCCUGCUCCGACGGCUCCGUCUACAGAGCCCGGAGUGUUAUCGUGACGGUCUCGCUCGGCGUGCUCAAGGAGAGGCACAACACGUUAUUUUCCGCUGCCUUACCGAGCGAAAAAACAACGGCUAUAGAGAAAAUGUCCAUAGGUGUGAUCGGUAAAGUAGUAUUGGCUUUUGAAAAACCCUGGUGGCCAAAGAAUAUGUCAUUCACCGCUUUUAUGUGGAGAGCUGAGGACAGAAAGAACGUACCGAAAGAAGACAUUUGGACAUCUAUGAUGAAUGGCCCCAGUUUUGGCAUGGGGACCAGUAAUACGUUGACCCUUUGGUUGUGCGGCGAUGCGGCUAAAUUGGUAGAGACGUUGCCUGAAGACGUGGUGAAAACCAAGUCAAUGGAAAUCCUGAGGAGGUUCAUGGGAAGGAACACCAACAUACCAGAGCCUACUGCCAUGUUGAGAUCAAGUUGGUACAAGAACCCCUUCACGCGGGGUAGUUACACAUACGACAACUUACUCACCCCACAGUACCCCAACGCACGCGAGGAUCUGGGUAAACCCUUACUGGACUCCGCUGGCAACCCACGCGUACUGUUCGCAGGCGAGGCGACGAACCCUCAACACUAUUCAACAGUCCAUGGCGCCUCAGAGACCGGAUAUAGAGAAGCAAUGAGGCUACUUAAUAUUUCUAGCAAGAUUUAAGUGUUUGUCUCGUUUAGGGUAAACGUAGAUGUAUAUCGAGUUGAUAAGGAAAUAUUGUGAAACUAUUUAAAUGAACAUAAGUUAGUUCACUUAUUCACUAUAACAAGGUCCUAUUACAUUUAUUUGUGUAAUGGGGUAUUUCUAGAUUUUUAUAAGAAUGGGGUAAAGACACUCGACAUACAUUCUAGUAUAUUGAACUAUGUUACCUAAGAACAAAUAUUUUAUUAAAGAUUUUAUAAAUGUUAUAAAAUAAUUGUAUAUUUUUACAUCGAAAUAACCUCAAAUUACUGCUGAUUAUAAAAACUAUGGAACUAUUUGCCGCUAGCAGCAUUUCAGGAUAGACGCGACCUGGCGACCUUCAGAAGAGAGCGUCUUUCCAUCUAAGACGCCAGCAAUGUAUCUCUAUGCCUCCUGGUACUGCGGAAGUAUAGUUUAUAAAAGAACUGCUAGGUAAAACUAGUAAAUAUAUGUAAUAAUGGGGUAACUGCACCUAUUAACAUCUAUACCGUUCAAUCUUACUGAUAGUAUAGUUUAUAAAAGAAAACAGUAUAGUUUAUAAUUGAACCGCUGGCUAAAAAUAAUAAAAAAUAUAUUAAUGGGGUAACUUCACCUAAAUUUAGGGGUAUUUUUACCCCAAAUUAUAAAGCUCCAUAGAUACUGCCAUAAUGCUUAAUAUUAUAAAUGUAAAAGUUUAUAAAUAUGUUUCUAAGUGGUAACCGGUUCAAAGGUGAAAGAAUUUGAAUGAUAUUUUGGACACUAUCUCUUAUAUCAAAAUAGAGGCUACCUUUUAUACUAGAAUAGUUUACAGUGAGGCUGUAGCUGUCAUCUUAAGGUGCCACCCCUAGCAAAACGGGUAUUUAAUUUUAAAAGCUAUACCUACUCGAAUUUUAAAAAUUAAAACAGUCAAAUAAAACAUGUUUCAAAAAUAUGUUAUCUUAACGGUUUUUUUAAAUUAUAAUGUGGAUAUUGUGUCAUUCAUUACUCAAUAAAAAUGCCACUAAAAUUAUUGAUGCAUCUCCUAUGCAUCAACAAUUUUAGUGGCAGACACAUCAUUGUAAUUUUUAACCAAAACUGUUAGACAAUU